AUGGAAGAGAAUGAAGAAGUUGGAGGAAUGACGGUGGUAAAGAAGAAGCCCAAACUCCGCAGGAUGUCAUCGAGGACGUCCACCACCUCCACCAUCAGCGCUGCGGAGCCGUCUCCUCGCACACUGCGGAGAAACAACUCUAAGAAACCACCACUGCAGAGAGGCGGCUCCUUCACCUUCCUCACACCUGGGACUCCGUGGGACUUCAGUCUAAAGAGAAAGCGCAAAGAGAAGGAGGACGACACAGUCAGUCUGUCCAGCUUCGACCUCAAGGAACCCAGUAUCAAGCGUGUCCGACCUCUGGCCAAAGUUUCAUCCCUCGUCAACUUGAUGUCGCCUUCAAAGAAUGGAGCCGUGCGGCGCUUUGGUCAGACCAUCCAGUCAAUGUCAUUACGUGGUGACAGCAAGUCACCAGGGAUGUCCCUGAAAGCCGGCAGCAAGGCAGCAGGUCCCACUCCCACUAAACGCAGGAACAGCACGCUGUGGUCGGAGACGCUGGACGUCCAUCAGAAGAGCACGUUCUCCACCAAAGAGAUCAAGAGACAAGAGGCAAUCCAUGAGCUUUACAGGGGAGAGCAUGAUCUCAUAGAAGAUCUCCAACUUGCACGAAAGGCAUACCAUGAUCCGAUGCUAAAACUCCUCAUCAUGACAGAGGAGGAACUAGCUCACAUAUUUGGGGACCUGGAUGCAUACAUCCCCUUACAUGAGGACUUAUUGAUGAAACUGACGGAGGGAACUGGCCCCGAUGGAACAGUAGCUCAGAUUGGACAGAUAGUUAUAGACUGGCUACCUGGUCUGAACGCUUACAAAGGCUACUGCAGCAACCAGCUCGCGGCCAAAGCUCUGCUUGACCAGAAAAAGCAGGACAAGCGGGUCCAGGACUUCCUGCAGCGCUGCCUGGAGUCGCCCUUCAGCAGGAAGCUGGACCUCUGGAGCUUCCUGGACAUCCCACGCUCACGCCUAGUGAAAUACCCGCUGCUGCUGCGAGAGAUCCUCAGACACACUCCUCCCGAUCACUCAGAUGUAGCCAGUCUAGAGAGAGCUAUCACUAUAAUCCAGGAGAUUCUGUCUGAGAUCAACGUGAGAAAAGGGGAGUCUGAGUGUCAGUAUUAUAUAGACAAACUGGAGUAUCUGGAUGAUAAGCAGAGGGACCCUCUCAUAGAUAACUGUAAGACUCUACUUUGUCACGGCGAGCUGCGGAACAAGAGCGGCUCGAGGCUGCAUGUGUUCCUCUUCUGUGAGCUGUUGGUCCUGACCCGACCGGUGACCCGCAACGACCGGAGCUGCUUCCAGGUGUAUCGACAGCCCAUCCCAGUUCGGGACUUGGCUCUGGAGGACCUUCAGGAUGGAGAGAUCCGCAUGGGUGGCUCCUUCAGAGGAGCUUUCACCAAUGGAGAGAAAGCAAAGAACGUAUUUCGUGUGAGCUCUCUGGAUCCUUCCCAUGGCCAGUCCCACACCCUGCAUGUCAACGACGUCUACCACAAGCAGCAGUGGCUCAACUGUCUACGCACUGCAAUGACCCAACAACAGGGGGCGCCACCCAGAGUUCAGCAGGGAGAAGCUGUGAGAGCCAAGCGCCGCUCCUCCACCAUCUCAGUCGCCGUCUCUGAUGAGGAGACAGACGAGAACUGUCCGCCUGUCUCUGGUCCUAAACUCAGGCCUCAGAAGCUGUCUAAAACCAGACUGGACCGGAAGUUACAAGGCUCACUAAAGAGGAAGGAGACUGGAGUGUAGACAUUUAACCCGGCACAAGGGUUCCUCUCUGACAGACACAUGUUUCGUCACAUGUCUGUCGGUGAAUUUUCACACAAGCGCUGUUUUCAUGCUUUUUCUUUGUCCUUGUAGCUGCACUGAAAAGGUCUUCCCUAUCAUUUCCGUCCAAAUGUAUUGUCACAUUUUAGUCUUUAAAAAGUGUAAUUAGUUUACAAAAAAAAGUUAUAUGUGUCAGUGUGACUGAGAUGUAUGUUUACACCAGCUAAAUGUGUGUGGAAUUAGGGUUUUAUGUGUUUACCUACAAACAACUUUAUACCACUUGUAGCCCUUUAAAAUUUGUGUCAUUCUAGUGUCGACACUUUUAAACUUCCUCUGUUUCUCAAAAUGUAAAUGCAGCUAUAUCAUAAGUAGCAUGUGUGCAGUGUUAUCUGUGCCAAGAUAAGGGAUCAGGAAAUUGAGAAACUGUGAUGGCCUCAGUGGUAUGUGCAGGAAGAAGAGUCUAAAAAUGUUUGAGAUAAUGAGCAGAACAUGAGUAAGAACACUAUGACCAUGAAUAUGAUAAAAAAAAAAAUUUGGAGAAAAAAAGGUGAAUGAAUCUAGUAGAUGUAUUCAGUGAAAACUUGUUAAAUGGAAAAAAGAUAAAACAUUUAGUUUGUACUUAAAGAGUCCUGAGUAUGAUUGACGAAGUAUGAUUGAUUGUUCCAACAUCCUCUCGGUCGUACUUUGACCCCUCAGUCACUUCCUGUUACUGCUGACAGAGCUGUUCAACAGUGUGUUGCAACAUUUGUCAGGCAAACAGAAGCUGAGGAAAACUCUGAAGUGUGCUUCUUUCCACUUAGUGUUGUGAAAUCCUGCAUAUCCUUUUUGUAGUUAAUUUUUCCCUUCAGAAUGAUACAGUUGUACAGGCUAUUUGAUAUAAUGUCUUGAAACAUUAAAUACCCAUUGAAAGAAAA